CACGGAAAGUAAAGUCAUAUAAAUUAUAUUCCGUAUGCAUAUCAUUCCAGUAUCUUAACGCACGCAAUAUGAAGAGAUAUCUUGCAGUAGUGGCUUUCUUGAGUAUUCUCUCGUUCACAUCGGCAUCCUGUGUUUAUCUUUUUUCGGCCCAAGAUGAAUUUAUACCAGGAGUUUGGUAUAAAUGUUUCAACGUAAAGGAUUAUAAAGCCACCAUAAAUGGGAUUAAUCAAACCGUGGAGGAAAUUCCAGUAACAUCGAUAAACAUCAUUGAUACAAAGAUUGAGAAGCUCGAGGAAGGAGUAUUCACUCAGCAUGAAGACUUACUUGUUGUUACAUUUAUUGGUUGCGAAAUAAAAGAGAUUGAGGAUAGAGCUUUUCGUAACUUGAAGCUACUUAAAAUGUUAAUUUUGAGUAAAAAUAAGUUAGAAGUUCUCAAGGCGGUAUGGUUUGAAAAUCUUUCAAAUUUGGCUGUAUUAGUUGUUAAUGAUAAUCGGGUUAAGCAAAUCGAAUCAAUGAUGUUUAGCAACAAAGUGAAUUUGACCGCUUUGGGAUUAGGUGAUAACAAGUUAGAAUGCUUUGAUUUUACGCCAUUGAUAAAUUCAAGUCUUAGUGUAAUAUCACUCAGGGAAAAUCCAUGGUCCAAUAAAUGUCAGGCGGAUAUGUCCAAUUGGCUUAAAUUGGAUAACGCUCCACGCACUGAUCUUAUAGAUACACAAGAAUCUUGGUCAGAAUGGGCUAAUAUAACAUGGAAUUGUUUAAACAAAAUAACAGAAACUAAACCAGAUAACAAUGUCCUGAAUUCAUGUGUCCAACCAGCCCUGGAUAAUUUAAUAAUUGAAGGGCCGGGUGUAACGACGGAACAGAUUGUAGAAAUAUUGGAUGACAGUCUUUUGUUCCACUGACAAUAUCAGUAAAUAUAUUAUGAGGCUUCUAAUAUAUGUGUAUAUUUAUCAAAAUAGAAAAUACUACACAUUUUUUUCAAACCUCAUUUUAAAUUACAAUACUGCACAGUGUAAUAGGAUAGUAUGAAAUAUCAAAAAAGUUUAUAGUUGCACGCUUAAUAUAUUUUAUUAAAAAUAUUGGAGUAAUA